UAUACAAUAGUUUAGAAAUAAAUGAGUGCCAUUCACAUGUAUUGUUUAUUAAUUGCUGUUUGUUAAUUGCUCUAUUAUACUUAAAUACAAGCAAAAACAAAAAAAUAAUUCAUUGCAUUUAAUGAGUUUGUUAGAGCUCCUGUCAGUGUGCUUAAUCAAUGAAGCCUACCAUGUCAUGUGGAUAAGACACAUCCUGCCACUCUGACAGAAAAGGACUGCAUCAAAUACUGAGUUUGAAGGAACACAGAGGACACAGCUCUUGGCAUCCCACUAGCAUUAAACAGAUAAGUAGUUUUAAUCUGUGAUGUAUCAUCUUUGAGCCACAUUCUCACAAAGAUCACGUGUUUUACAUUUGGUUUUCUGUAUGAAGAAGAGAGCACAGAGAACUGUAAGUUCGCAAAAAGCUGUUCCACCUUGUUAAAAUGUCUUAUACUGAACACAACUGCCUCCAGAGAGAUCUAACGCUCUCAUAACUUUCAUAUUUACAUCAGUAUUUCCAUAAUUAUAGUUAUUCAUGUGUAUGUAAUUCAUUGCACUACAGAAGCUUCAACACUUGUACUCAUUCUACUUAUUUUUUCAAAGUAAACUUUAUGUAUCACCCUCUAGAUACAGUGCAUGACAGCAGAUUCAGGAGCUUAAGAUAUUCAGCUUUGUUCAUAUGUAAAUAUGUAUGUAAUCGUAUGUGAUUUUAUGUAAAUAUCAUGAAAGCUGUGAUACUCAGCUUGACUGCCGUAUAAGUAUAAUGUUACUGUUCUGUAACAAGAUGUUGGGACUCACAUGUUUCUUCAUUUUUAUUACUGACAUAUUCUCCAGACUCACUUCCACUUCACUUGACUUGGAAGCUGUAUUGUUGUACUUCAUGCUGCUUCUCCCCACCCCUUCAAAAUUCAUUGACUUUCUCCACCCACAGAAACUUUGUUGGCUGCCUUAACACAUUUGAGUCUGAAAAACUUUGCAUCACUCUGCAUUACCGUUGAACUCACUGGGGUCUGUCUGACGUCUGACACCAACCAACGGUCACAUCUCGGACUCUCAGGUGGAUGCAAAUCAGGAGAAUCACAAUGUUGUUUGGCUUCUUUGUGCUGGCUGUUGGCUUUUUCCUGAACAUGGGAAUGUGCACUGCAGUGCAAUCAGAGCUGAGAAUCACAACAAUAAAGCAAGAGCCAUAUACAAUGUCCAAAGGCACACAACUGGAGGGCUUUUGCAUGGACCUGCUGUCUGAAGUAGCCAAGAAAGUGGGCUUUAAGUAUAAAGUGCAGCUGGUGAAAGAUGGUUCUUACGGCAGACAGGAUGAGAGCGGGAACUGGAAUGGGAUGAUUGGAGAGGUCGUGAGAGGCGAGGCAGAGCUUGCAGUUGCUCCACUGACUCUCACUGCAGCUCGGGAGAAAGUGGUGGCAAUGACCAAACCCUUCAUGCAGACAGGCGUCGGCAUCCUGAUGAGGAAGGACAUCUCAGAGAGAACUGGUUUCUUUGAUUUCCUGACUCCUUUCACGGCUGAGACUUGGGUGGGCAUACUCAUCGCCUACCUGGGCACUGCUGCUUGCAUCUUCGUAGUUACCAGACUCAGCCCAUGUGAGUGGAGUCAGCCUCAAAGCGAGCAGAACAGAUUCAGUUUUCUCCACAGUCUUUGGUACACAGCUGCAGCUCUGACUCUACAAGGUGCUGGUCCUCAUCCCAAAGCUCUCUCAGGCCGUGUCAUCUGCUGCAGUUGGUGGUUAUUCACCAUCGUCCUCCUGGCUUAUUAUUUCUCCAACCUCAGCUCCUCCAAGGCCUCUGACUCCACUCACCUGAUGGUGAAAGGGUUUGAUGACUUGGCCAAUCAGGAUGUGAUUCAGUACGGCUGUUUGGCUGGCUCUUCCACCUUGGCUUUUUUCAAGAAUUCAAACAAUCCAUUGUACCGCAGAAUAUAUGAACACAUGGAGAGAACAAAGAGUUUUGUGUCAUCUAUGGAUGAAGGGGUCCGACGUGCAAAAGAGGGAAACUUUGCUUUUAUUGGAGAGUCUGUUUCUUUGGACUUGGCAGCCGCACGCCAUUGUGAACUUGUCAGAGCACAUGAAGUCGUUGGCAUGAGAGGAUACAGCAUUGCCGCCGCCCUUGGCUCACCCAUGAUAAAGAACCUCAGUGUGGCAAUAUUACAACUGAGUGAGGCAGGGGAGCUGGCUUACCUGAGGGGUAAGUGGUGGGCCAGCAGCUGCAUUGCAGACAAAGCCAAGUCUUCAGCUGUGCAGCCGCACAGCCUCAAGGGGAUGUUUCUGGUUCUUUGUCUUGGCUUGGGGCUGGGAGCACUGCUGGCUGUCUUGGAGCUCAUCUCCAAGAGUCGCAGAAGUGCAGCUGAACAGAGGAAAUCGUGCUGCACUGUGCUGACAGAUGAACUGAGUCUGCGUUUGAGGACCAGCAAUGCAAACAAAGCCCAGGAAAAUGUAGACAAAGAUAAAGAAAAAGCUUAGAAACAUUUUGGAAAUUUGAAACAUGUUAUUUUUUAGAUUGGUUUGAUAGCUGUUCAAGAAUUUGUUCUAAUAUUUGACAAAUUAACUUAAUUUAAUCUUUGAACUUUCUUACUUGCAAAAAUACAUCAAAUAAACAAGAA